AAAGAUCUGGGCUGGUGUAGUGCCGGCAAAAGUGUAUAUGUAUACACACAGUAAACAUGUCCGUACGGUCUGACAGUGUCGUGUUGGAAUAAACAAACCGCACCUUUACUAUGCUCUUUACAAAUGUUCAAUUUUCGUGUUGAGUGAUCUAAUUGUGCAGGGUAAUCUGCAUAUGAUAUUCUUUGGAAUUGGGAACAUAUACAAGGAACCAUGGCCGAUCCAAGAUCAGAUUUUGGGAAAUGUGUGUCGUUGGAUUCGGAAAGUAUCCCUUUAAGACCCGGAUUAAAAUCCAACAAUCAAAUGGCUAAUACCGAUUAUUCCGCCUCUGACCCCCCGGGUCGACGGCCAGAGGCUUUUUCCGUCCCGGGGGUGGAUGCACCACCCCUAUCUAGAUUAAACCUCAGGACAAGAUCCCGCAGUAACAUCAAAUUUCAAAUGAAAGUGCGACAGAAGAGACAAACCAUGCAAAACAUGACACGCCCCUUAAAACAAUGGCUAUGUGAUCACCGAGGGAACCCGUACCCUUCAAAACCGGAAAAGGAAAUCCUAGCACGAGAUUCUCGUAUGUCUCUCGUACAAGUCUCGAACUGGUUUGCAAAUGCGAGACGGCGAUUGAAGAGUACAGUAAAAGGCGAUGACGUCACAUGGUCUAAACGGGUCAAGCUCUACAACAGCCGUGUCACGGGAAAUGCUGAACUAUUGAGUGUUAGUUCAGACGACAGUCUGUUUGAUUCAGACGAAGACGAAAGCCGCCGUUUCCACACGUCACAUUCGAAUCAGCCGGAAAUGACGUCAGAACCAAUGGAACAAGAUGACGAAGAGAGGGAACUGGUGCCCUCGCGAUCUCAGACACCGACAAUGAGUCAGACGGAUUAUUAUUCUAGCCUUACACAGUUAAAGCCCCCUCUAGACGCAGGAUCUCAAAAUAAACCCUACAAACAGACAAUUUUACAAAGGUAUCUCUCAGAUACGUACCGAAACAGGAACGCGGGGCAGCGAUUGGAUCAACGCAUGCACCACCGACUUGAUACUAUGGAAAUGACCGCAUUCAACAAGACAAGGUCGCGAAAGCCAUCAGGAUCGAUCGGGUCACGUGACUAUGAAGAAAUGUCUACGUCAUCAGGGGUUUCCAUGAACGAAAGUCAUCAACUACCAGUGUUUGAUGAUAGUAUCGAUGACCUUGAGGCAGCGGCUCGUCGCAGAAGAAUUUCUGGAGACAUCAGGGAGAAGACAGGGGAUAUUCGAUUCGAUGAAUACAGUGCAGCUAUGGUGUUGACCUCGCUUAGGUCGCGUACAAUGUUCAACUCAUUCAAUUAACGGACAUCGGCUGCAGAGGAUAUUUUUCAUUAAUAGAUUAUAAAUAUAUUAUAUAUAUACAUUAUAUAUAUGUAUAUCCCUCCCUUUUGUUACAUGCAUUCAUUCCAGAUGCAUCCAUUGUGCCUACGAUAUUACCGUAUAGAGUUGGGGGUCUAUUCAUAGUUAAUUUUCGUACUUUACGUAAGAAAGACAUUAUUACUGACAACAGAGACCUCUGGCGACCACUUUAUUCUUAUGUUUUCUUGUUAAAAUUCUACGCACAAUUGUGAUGGGAAAAAUUUAAAAUGUUAGUCUUGGUCAUUGUUGUGUUUGUUAUUUACACUACAAUAUGAUACAAAUACGGCAAACAUUUCGGUGACCAAGAUUUUAAUGUAGUAAGAUGGCGUUGGAAAGAGACCGAACUGCAUUAUGAGGCUGAGUAUGAACGAAUGAUGGAGGUUAGAGAAAUACUGGAUGUAAAUGUUGUUUUCCAUGAGAGUGUGAGUACGUGCGUGAUAUUGAAGUAAUCAUUGAAGUUUUGUCUCUCAUUAAAAUUUGAAAAAUAGAAA